CUCACACAUCUGCGUGCGCUCAAUGAAUACGAGCAUCACCGCGCGUGUCCUUAAAACCCCCGAAGCUAUCACUCAAAGCGCACAACAUCCAUCACACGUGGAUCCUUAUUACACCCGCCGUCCAGAUGCAUCUUAAACAUGCCACACCAUGCUUCAUGCUUUGGGUUGUUGCUGCUGGCUGUGCUACACAGCUGGACGUCAACAUCAGCACAUUUGACAACCUCCAGCUGUUGGAACAUGGACACUGCCUCUUCAGAUCCAUUCUGCCAUCUGAUACAGCAGUACAGGUACUGGUUUGUGUUUUUGUGAUGAUGACCAUCAUCUCGCUUUUUGUGAAUUGUUGCACGUUGCUAAGUAUUGGAAGUUCAGAAGAUCUAUCCUGGGAGCCAAGGUUUGCUCUGCUAAAAAAUCUUAUUGUGAGUGACGUUUUGCUCAUUGUCACCCAAGGUCCGACAGUGACAUAUUGCCUGCUGCAGAAAACCACGCUGGAUUACGGAGCUUGGUGUCUCAUGCAGUUCUUCAUUAACACAAUAUGUGUUUUCUGCACUGUGCUUACGGUCACCUGCAUGGCUUUGGAGCGUUACCUGUAUGUGUGCCAUGCUAUCUACUACCUGUACAUUUUAACCACUAAGCGCCUUCACCUAAUAGUUGGGCUCACCUGGUUUAUUUCAGUAGGUCUUUCUGCAGUAACCACAGGAUUGAUCACUGCAGGACAUAAGCCCUCAUUGCUGGGACAACCAACUACGGGACUCCUUUGUGAACCAGACACCAUAGAGACACACCUGGGUUUCCCACGGGCUCCAGCAGUCUUUCGUAAAGUGGUGGGGCUUGGUUUGACCAUUCUUUGUGUCUUUUCAUAUUUUUUCUCAUAUUUGAGGAUGUAUCAGGAGGCAAGCAACGCCGUACAACCGUUCCAACAGGUAAACAAAAGGGCACGCAAAACCGUGCUCUUCUACUGUUCCAUGUUUCUACUUCAGCUGCUCCCCAUCUUUUUAAAGAUUGUGUCCGAUGCUCUGUGGGAACUUCAAGGCACCAUAGCGAUGAUCCAUUCACUGAAUUACCCCCCUGGCUGGACCUCAGCAGGGACUCUGCACAUCAUGUUGGUGGUCUUGCUGCAAGUGCCACCUUGUAUAAAUCCUCUCAUCUACGGUCUGCAUAACAAGGAGGUGAGGAAAGCUCUGCCUAGGUUGCUGUGGUGGAAACAACAAAGAGACCGUGCGUAGGCAGGGACAGGGAUUACAGAUAAUCAAUAAAGGCAACUCUUGAGAUCUUUCAAGAGGUUUUUAGUCCUUUCACAACAUUUUAAAGACGCAGAAUGGUUUGAGAGGAUUAAGAAUAAACAUGUGGCUUUUUUUGUUUUAUAUGCGUAACUCUUGUCUUUUUAAAGUUUAUUGUGAAAAAUAGUUUUUUUUUAAAUGCAAUGUCUUAAACCAAUACCUUAAAAUAUAUGUACAGUGUUUAAAAAUAUUGUAAAUUAUUAUGUAAUAAAAUGCACAAUAGAGUACAUUAAUGCAAGAUGAAUAUAUUUGUAAACUUUACUAAUGCACACUGAAUAUGCAUUUAAUGAUUUUAUUAAUGUAGUUUUAUUUACAUCGAAUCUGUCUUCUUAAAUGUUUUUGUAUGUUUUUUUGCAUCUGUUAUGCAUAGUGCUGAUGUUUAUUUUUUUAACUCAUCAUUCACUUAUUUAUUAUACUUAUUUCACUAUUUACCAUAAAUAUAAACAUUUGAAAACAAGCAGUGUGCCUUUGUAAACCAGUUUUGGUAUAACACGAUAUCCUAAGUGGGAUAGGUAUAAGUGUAU